AUGAGCCUGGUUUGGACUACCUACACGACAGCUCCAGGAGGUGACCAGGCAGGCCUUCCUACCAACCCCUGGGCUCAAGGACCAAGGACUAGCCCCAAAUCCCAACUCCAUCUCCAGAAGCCACUGAGGAACUUUCAAAGCCAGCUCAGCAUCAGCGCCCGUUGCCCCAACACCACAGGGACUUUGUGUGUGAGAAGAGUGCUGUUCAGCAGGCGUCACUCUCUGUGGAUUCUUCUCAUCCUGCUCGUGGUCUGCAUCGCCAUUCAGACCUUUGUUGCCCGUCAGGCCAGGAAUGACAAGCUGACGGGACUCCCACAUCUGAGAUUCCCUGUUAGUAAACAGCACCUGUUUCCUACUCUGCAAAAUGCCUGGGACGACUUUCAGUCUGCACUGGCAGUGAAACAAGAAGUGACUCUACAGACAGAAAGAACUACAGAUAUUCAUAAUCUGAAUGAGGAAUAUGGAAAGUCAUCAAAUGAUAUCCUGUCAAGAUAUGUUAACCUGGUCACAGCCUCUCACAUGGAGGCAGGAAAAGUUUCAGCUGGAAAGCUGCUUCAGCCCAACCAUGGAAACAAACUGAGCUCUGGACUGCCAGGUUCUUUGGUCCCCCACAGCACAAGAAAAGGCAAAGAUAAAAAGCUCCUCAACACCCCAUCUCCACUCAGUUUAUUCAAGGCUCCCAUCAGAAGUAAAGCAACCUGCCAGUCAAAGUCUCACAUUGUAUUCCUCAAGACACACAAAACAGCAAGUAGCACCAUCUUAAACAUUCUAUAUCGCUAUGGUGAAAGCAGGAACUUGACCUUUGCCCUCCCCCUGAACAAACACAGCCAGUUGUUUUACCCAUUCUCCUUCGCUUCACAUUUCGUGGAGGGCGUCAGCAGCAGAAGUGUGAGGGAGUUCCACAUUAUGUGCAACCACAUGAGGUUUAGAAAGUCUGAGGUAGCAAAGGUGAUGCCAGCAGAUACCUUCUACUUCUCUAUCCUGAGGCAUCCUGUGGCCAUGAUGGAGUCCAUCUUCAUUUACUACAAGAGCAUUCAAGCCUUCCAUAAGACUCACAGCCUGGAUGACUUCCUAGACAAUGGUUCUCAGAACUACAACUCAUCAGUGACAAACAACCACUAUGCUCACAACAUUCUGUCUUUUGACUUUGGCUUUGACAACAACAUUAGAGCUGGUGCUGAAGACCUGGAGGAGAGAGCCAGUAUGGCUAUUGCAGCCAUUGAACGGGACUUCCAACUCAUUCUUAUUUCUGAGUACUUUGAUGAAUCUAUGGUCUUGCUCAAGCACGCCCUCUGCUGGUCCCUGGAUGACGUGGUUUCCUUUAAGCUCAACAGUCGCAGUGAACGAACUCGUCACCCACUUUCACCUAAUACUGCAGAGAAAAUCAAGGGAUGGAAUGCUUUAGACUGGAAGAUAUAUCUGCACUUUAACACCACCUUUUGGCACAAAGUGGAUAGUCUGGUUGGGCGGGAGCAGAUGAAGAGGGAAGUAUCUCAGUUAAGAGAACUACAGACUAAGCUGGCAAGCACCUGCCUGAAAGAUGGAGGGGCAGUUGACCCUUCCCAGAUAAAAGAUGCAGCGUUAAAGCCAUUCCAAUAUGGAGCAGCUGUUAUCCAAGGAUAUAACCUAAAUCCACACAUAGACACACAAACCAAAACUAAAUGUCAGAGAUUAAUAACUCCAGAACUGCAGUACACAGAUCUUCUGUAUACACAGCAGUUUCCUGAGCUAGCUGCUAAGCAUAGACAAGCAAAUAGGAUGGCUGCUCUACAGCAUCAACGCAUUGACAGAACAGGUGCACUGGGAAAGGUUUGGGUGAGGGAAUCUCAUCACAGACAGUUCAUAAGACACAAACUCCCAAAUCUCAAGAACCAAAAGGCCUCCACAAGUGCCCUGUUAACACACACAGCAGCUGGAAACAGAACGAAAAUGCCAUGA